UUGACAGCGACGCCCACCUUGACAGCGACGCCCACCUUGACAGCGACGCCCACCUUGACAGCGACGCCCAGCUUGACAGCGACGCCCACCUUGACAGCGACGCCCACCUUGACAGCGACGCCCAGCUUGACAGCGACGCCCAGCUUGACAGCGACGUCCACCUUGACAGCGACGUCCAACGAGACGCUGCCAAACAUGACAGAGAAGUUAGGCAGUACGGCGUCUAGGUCGGCGACACCUGUGGUUUCUGCCACUCUAGCGGCGUCGCAUACAGUGUCUUUGUCAUUGGCGGUAUUAAGUAUGCCUUCUGUGUCGAUGUGUCCUGCUGUUAUUCUAGCGCUUGGUGAGUCGUCGGUGCGUGUAGGUGUUGAGAGUAUUCGUACGGGGUUUCGACUGCUCGGAAGGCCCGGUUGUGAAUGGAAACAAAUCCCAUUGGACGGCCGCGUAUAUGAUAUGGAGAAUGGUGAGUUGGACAGCUUGAAUGUAACUGGGGUGAAGGUUGCUUGCAGUGAGCGGGAGUUGGGUGUGAUAGGCCACCGGGGCUGUUCUUAUUUCCUGCCAUUUAUUGAGCGUGGUGUGGAAGUUCGCCAAAAUGGUGUGGGAAUCUUUGAGGUGAAGUUUCCUCCAGUGAAGGAAUUUCAUAUUGAUGUGGUGGAGUCGAUGGAGUUCGCGGUUCCCGUUGAGGUCUUGGGCUGCCGCAUGGAGCUGCCGUUGGGCCCAGUCUCUUCUGAAAGGUCGUGGUUGUGGCGUGGCGUGGAAGACGGGGGCCCUCGGUUGUACCCGCUUGUCGCCGUUGCCGUGGAUCCCGUGCCGCAGCCCGUGUACGCAGGUUACAUGGGGGAGGUGGGGAAAUUUGUCGCCAUGCUCUCGCUGUUGGGCGCACCUUUUGGUGUGCCGGGUGUGAACUACGUGACGGCGUUAGGUAUGAUGCAUUACACACCGGACGCAAGCCGUCGCCUUUUAGGAAGCUAUCGUAGUCUUUGCGUGGCAGCGGUCGAGGAAUCAUUCUUUGGGGUGUUGAUAGGCAAUCUCAUUAUCAUCGGUGGUGUGCUAACGGUGCAUGCUGUGGUGAUUUUGUUGGUGAAGUGGAAGAAGGGCGUCUCGUGGGUGAUAGGGGCCCAGCGCAGCUUUUUCCCUGGCAUUCCGUUGCUUCUUCUCGUGAACCUUUUUGUGGCGACGUCCUUUGCGUCCGUGCAGGGACUCGCGUCAAAGGCGUGGUCUACGCUGGCGCUGAGCACCGUGAUGCUUGUGGUGUUUGUCUGCGGCCUCAUAGUGGCGCUGCUUGUAUCGAUGGUGAAGAUCCGCUCGAGCUUUUAUCCCGUUAAAUUGCAUCCAUCUACGUUGAAGGCGGAUGACUCGUGUGUGGCGGCGUUGGCGCAUGGGUGGCUGCUGCGUGUGCAUGGCAUCUGGCUACCGGCAGCGGUGGCGAACAGUUUCUUUCUGGUGCUGACAAAUUUGAGGCGGCCCCGUGUGGCAUGGGUGACGCUGUGGCUCUGGGCGCCAUUGCUCGUCGCUGUGUGCGGGGCGAUUCCGCUGGGGACAGUUGCAGGUUGCAUCGGUGCUUACGCCGCUCUGAUUUUUGGCCAUUUACUUUUCUUUGGGGUUGUCGCGGUGUUUCGCCCACUCAACUCCUGGCUGGACAACAGCUACUACCUCGUUGUGAUGCUAGUGAGCGUGUGGCUCCUCGUCGUCAACAUGCUGCUUCUUCUGCGCCCUGCCGACAAGCGUGCCCUCUACGCCGAAUGCGCUGCCGUCAUUGUGGCCAGCGUCGUCUUCUUUGUGUAUAUAGUGCUGAAGAUGCUGCAAGUGCUUGUGUUUGGCACAAAGAGGUGGAGUGAACUGGACGUGUGGGGUAUGCCAUGGACGCGCUACAGGAUCCCCAAUGAGGCCGCGUUGUUUGGCACGCCCCCACGCGAGGUGCAGGGGCGGGAGUCGGUGGCAGUGCUCGCGUCCUCACCGGCCGCAUCCACAGGAUUCCCGCUGGUGGCUCCAUGUGUGCGAAGUUUGGCGGAGCUCGCUUCGGAUCAUGGCCUCCGCGAGCAGAUUCGUCCCGGCCGACAGCACCCGACCCUUCCUUUGCGGGAGCUGCUGAGAGACAGCGCGGACGCUGCGGACGGAAUUUCACGGCCUGUGCUACGCAUGCGUCAUUUUUGCACGGACACGCUUCAAGACGCGGCGGCCAACCAACACUUGUCGUUUAGCCACCUCUUUCUGGGCUCACAGGACUCUAUGGGGCUUGACAUGUCGAGCAGCUCAGAGAGCAAAGACGAGGACCCGUUGAAGUUGGGGGUGUGA